GGCCCCAACGCAUCUCCUAUCACUCCAUUACUACUCUGUCAGCAAACAAUUCCCCACCCAGGAGCUGGAGAAUUGGUGCCACGGAUAAACCUGCCUAUAACCUGCCAUAACUGAACAGCCGCAGUCUUUACUCUCUUGCGAAUAAAAAUCCUCACAAUGGGAGUCCUUCCUAGCAAGUUGCAACACACAUCUGCGGCUGGUCAGGUUGCGCAAGGCCACAUCACAAAGAACUGGGUCCCUAUAAAAGAGGAACCCGUCUAUACUCCGAGGAGGAUCAGGCUCAUCUGUGUGGGAGCUGGAUUCUCAGGUCUGACUUUGGCUCACAAGAUCAAGCAUGAGAUGAGACUUGGGGAAAUCAUUGACUACGUGAUCUAUGAAAGGAACCACGAUGUUGGAGGAACAUGGCUUCAGAAUAAAUACCCAGGAGUUGCUUGUGAUGUUCCCGCCCAUGCCUACACCUUCCUCUUCGAACCGAAUCCAAACUGGUCACAAUUCUAUGCUCCAGGCUCGGAGAUCCAAGAUUAUAUCAAGAACACGGUACGAAAAUGGAAUCUGGAUGAUCAUAUUGAGUUCAACUCUUGUGUGGUGGAGUCACUCUGGGAUGAGUCGAUUGGGAAGUGGAAGGUCAAAAUCAAUCAGAAUGGAACUAUCAAAGAAGAUGAGGCUGAAAUUCUGGCCAGCGCAUCAGGGUGUCUAACCAAGCCCCGUGUCCCGAAUAUUGAAGGCAUAGGUGACUUCAAGGGGAAAUUAUCGCAGACAGCAGAUUGGGAUGAUACAUAUGACUGGAAGAAUAAGCGUGUCGCAGUAAUAGGAAAUGGCGCCUCAGGGAUCCAAACAGUUACCGCAAUGCACUCGACAUCAUCCAAGCUCGUCAACUACGUCCGAAGUCCUUGUUGGAUCUCACCCAACUUUUCCGGAGAAUUAACCAAGGAUGGGAACAACUUUUCUUUCACGGAAGCGGAGAAGAGACAGUUCAGGGAAGAUCCGAAAGCUUUUUUCGAGUUUCGCAAAAAGCUCGAGAACAGUGUCAAUGGCUUCUGUUACGCCAUGCUCAGGGAUCAUCCGUUCAACAAAGACACACGAGAUACUUCCAUGAAAAGAAUGCAGGCCAUCAUCAAGAACAUCCCAGACCCCUCCAUUGCUGCCAGAAUGAUACCAGAUUUCCAUCCAGGUUGUCGACGUCUUACCCCCGGACACGGCUACCUCGAAGCCUUUACAAAUCCAAACACCCAAAUGUGCUGGGAACCAAUCGAGCGGAUCACAGAAACUGGCAUCAAAACGACCGACGGGCAACAAAAUGAAUUCGACAUAAUCGUCUGCGCCACCGGCUUCGACACCACAUACAUACCCCAAUGGAAGCUAAUAGGGCGCAACAACACCACCUUAACCGGGAGAUGGAAACAUGACCCCGAAGCAUUCUUCUCCGUGCACGUCGACAACCUACCCAACUACUUCAUGAUCAUGGGCCCAAACUUCCUCGUCGCUCAUGGCUCCCUCCUGGCCGGCAUCUCAUUCACAUGCGACUAUAUCCUGAAAUGGGCCCGCAAAAUAGGCACCGAGGACAUCAAAUCCAUCGACGUCAAGAAAUCCGCCCUGGACGACUACAACGUCUGGACCCAGGAAUACCUCAAACGCACCGCCUGGUCUGAUCCCUGUCGGAGCUGGUACAAGAACGGCAAGUCGUCAGGACAAGUCACUGCGCCUUAUGGAGGGACAACGAGCCACUUCAAGAAAUGUCUCGAGAAUAUGGGCGGCGAGCAUUUCAAUAUCGAGUAUAACUCGGCCAAUCGGUUUCGGUUCCUGGGUAAUGGUCAGGUCGAUGUGGAGAGGAAUGGCUUCGGAGAUCUGGCGGAGUAUUUUGUUGAGGAGCUUUGGUGAUUUACCUAGACCAUUGAUUGGUAAGUGGUAUGAGCCAAACAUUAUGAUAAAGCAGGACCCCCAGAACUCGGAUAGGGACAAGAGAUUAUGACCUGGGCUGACAGGAGCUGUUGAGGGCGCUAUUAUGGGGGUGGCACUAAUUGAUAGCAGCUGCAUGACUCGAAGAUCACUAUAAUAGCACUGGUAUCUGAAUGGACUGACUGUAUGUAUUUCCAUAGGCCGACCUCGAAAUUAGACUAUCAAACAUAGGAAAUUUCCACUGAGUGCAAAGACAAUGACACAAUCAAGAAAAUAUAUCAGGCCAAUGCUGUAACCGAGCACUCCUGCUCCAUCGGCAGUCCCAAAGACCGCGAC